UUGGCUCUUUUAGGUAGAAACAAGAAACAACUUGCGAGUAGCUUUGUCAGUGAGACGGAUGUUAGCAAAGAGUAUCUGGAGGCAUUUAGGACGAAAUCAUACAUGGAGAUUUGCGACAAAAUGGAAAGCUACAUAGGCUUCGAAAAUGAAUCAUAUUCAUCUUCAUCCUCUAUUCGUGAUCAUUAUAUUCAUCAAUGUGACAUACUAGCUGAACCACAAAAGGAAGCCAUGGAUAACCUAGCCAAUACCUAUGAUAUUGAUCACUGCCUACUCCUUGACUUCUUCGAUGCUGGUUCAGAAUCAUGGAAGAUAUGUGAAAAACUUCUGCACUCUAUCCAUCAAGAAAAUGUUAAUCGUCUUAGCAUCGCAAGGAUCAUAAAGCUUUCCGAAAAGGUUCCAAAAAGUGGUCAACGCACUAGAAUAUACAAAGAACUCGCCUUGUAUUCGUCUUUGGAGAACCCUCUAUCGGAUUUCAGCCUAGAAAUGUUCCCCAAAAUCAACAACCACCUUAAACUCUUGCUGAAGAGGUUAACCACAAAUCAGGUAAGGUUAAAAAGAAAGCGAGCACUCAUCAUGUGUAUGAAAAAAGCCAUGGGUUGUGCUCUUGUAGCUUCGUAUACAGUGUUAGCAGUUGCACUGCUUGUUCUUGCAUUUCAUGGGUUGAUUGGGAUCGUAGUAUCUGCAGGGUUGAUCUCUUGUUUUUUGGGUUUAACUAGGAAGGCAAACACAACCAAGAAAGGUCUCAAAACGAGCGAGCUUAAGAGAGUUGGUUUGUUACUAGAUGUGGCUGCAAAAGGGAUUUACACAUUGAUCAAGGACUUUGAUACGAUAGGUUCGCUUGUACGAAAAUUACACAAUGAAGUCGAAUUCGGGAGGACAAUGGCUAGUAAAUGUGUAGAAAACCUAAAGUCCGAUGUGUUAGAGGAAGUACUGAGGGAGUUUGGAGUCCAUGAGAGUCGCUUCAAGGAACAAAUGGAAGAACUUAAGGAUCAUAUUUACUUGUGUUUGCUCAAUGUUAAUAGAUCAAGAAGGCUCCUGGUGAAAGAGAUAAUGCCUGUAGUUGCAAAAGUAUUUGAAGAUCUUUAACUAGAUGAUGGUUGAUGAUGAUCGUAAUAUAUACCUGCUCCUCAUAUAUAUAAUAAAAAGUUUGGAUUAUUUUUGGAUAUUGGCACAUUUAUCACCUGCAAUUUUGAAAUGCACAGAAAAGGUCCAUGUGAGGGUUUUUUUUGUACAUAAAUAGUCUCUAUGUUUAAGAUUUCUGUAUGUUGGUAAGUUUGGUCAUAUAUAGAAAAUAAAUUACAAAAAUUUUCAUUUGUAAUAUACAGAAAAGUCAUUAUGCAGAUUUUUUUUGUAGAAACGGUCUAUAUGUUUA